UGCCCACACCCUCCAAAUAAUAAAUAUCAUUUCUCUCUAAAUAUUUGCCGCGGGAUGUAGAUCAAGAAAAGCCACACACGGCUCUCUGGAUCCAACUCUCUCCUACUAUCUCGGGUGCAGCCCUGAAGUUUCCCACGGCUCUCACGGCGACUGUCUUCCUCAAACCCUAAACUAUAUGUACACGUACAUGGACCUAUAUCUAUUUUUUUUGGAUACGUGUGGGUCUACGUAUACAACCCCGUGCUGAUAAUCUGUUCGAGAAAAUGCCUUCUUUUUUUUUUUCCCCAUUCGUUCAAUCAUUUGUCCAUUGGAUUUGCUUCACCUGCAUUUUAUGUUCAUUUGAUGCUUGUCGUUCUUUCUUUCUUUUUCUCUGUUUUUUGUGCGUUUUCACUCUAUUGGAUGGAAUUUAUCCCUUUUGUGAAUAGUCCGGAAACUCUCUUCUUUAGCCUGACUGGAUCUAGAAGUAGCAACUACGAUGAGUAAUUUUAGUGAAACUGGAUUUUAUAGGUACUCAAUGGAGCAGGCUAUGGUCUGAUUAGAGGGGAAUGAAGUUUUCGGGAUGCUCUCUGACAGCUUCAUUCACUCCUAUUCAUUCAUAUCUCGUAAAAACCAAUAGCAGAUUGCUAUUCGCUAUAUUCCAUAGUAAUUUGACCAAAUCAAAGAGCCUGUCUGCUUAUACUCCAAAAGAUCAACUACUUGCGAAUGCUGUGAUGGUUGCAGGGCGCUAUCCUCCUCCCUUGUUUAGUGUUGCUCCAAUGAUGGAGUGGACGGACAAUCAUUAUAGGACUCUUGCCCGUCUCAUCUCGAAACAUGCAUGGCUCUACACAGAGAUGCUUGCAGCUGAAACAAUUGUUUAUCAGAAGGAUAAUCUUGGCAGGUUCUUGGAAUAUUCUCCAGAACAACAUCCCAUCGUGCUUCAGAUUGGUGGGAAUAAUUUGGAAAACCUGGCAAAAGCAACCAAACUUGCUAAUCCGUACCACUAUGAUGAAAUCAAUUUCAAUUGCGGAUGUCCUAGUCCAAAAGUAGCUGGACAUGGAUGCUUUGGUGCUCGUCUUAUGCUUGAUCCAAAGUUUGUUGGGGAAGCCAUGUCAGUGAUUGCUGCCAAUACAGAUGCUCCUGUUUCUGUUAAAUGUCGAAUUGGUGUCGAUAAUCAUGAUUCAUAUAAUGAGCUCUGUGAUUUUAUCUAUAAGGUUUCUUCUCUAUCACCAACUAGGCAUUUCAUAAUACACUCGAGGAAGGCCCUCCUCAAUGGCAUCAGCCCAGCUGAAAAUCGAAGCAUUCCUCCCUUAAAAUAUGAAUACUUUUAUGGUCUCCAGCGUGACUUUCCUGACUUGAGAUUUACCAUCAAUGGAGGCAUAACUUGUGUUGAUGAGGCCAAUGCAGCUCUAAGGGCAGGAGCUCAUGGUGUGAUGAUUGGGCGUGCCGCAUACAACAAUCCUUGGCAUACCUUGGGACAUGUUGAUUCAGCAAUUUAUGGUUCACCAAGCAGUGGCCUUACACGUCGUCAGAUUCUAGAGAAGUAUCAAGUGUAUGGAGAUUCUGUUUUGGGAAAAUAUGGGCCGAGACCACGUGUCCGGGAUGUGGUGAUGCCUCUCAUUAACUUUUUCCAUUCAGAGCCUGGGAAUAGUCUGUGGAAGCGCAAAGCCGAUGCCGCUUUCCAGCAUUGCACGACGAUUAAAUCAUUUUUGGAGGAAACCCUGGUGGUAAUUCCGGACCGUGUGUUGGAUUCAAGUGUUGCAAAGCCAGGAGCUGGUCGUGAUGAUCUUUUUGCAGAUAUACAUAAUAUGUUACCCCCUCCAUAUAAUGUUAGAGAACAGGAGGUGGUACUGUAUGCGUAGUUUUUGUGUCUUUUUUUUUUUGGGAAUAUUCCUUCAUAUAAUAUUAGUUUCAAACGUGAGCUGAUUGGUCUCUCAUGUAACAUUAUGUGUUAAAUUCAUUUGUGGAUAAUAAAUCUUGAGGUGAUUGAUUACA